CACGGGCGGCUGCAGCUGCGGCUCGCAGUGGCUUGGACGACGCGCUCUUAGCGCCCGCAGCCCUGGUCCCGCUCUCGCGCGGCCCAAAGAAACUUUGCGAGCCACGGUCUCCCGCCGAACUUCCCUGCGGGGCUCCGCUCCCGAGCCGCUCUGCUCCCGUCUGCGGCUUCUCGCCUUCCACUAGCGUGGCUUCUCCGUCCCGGCGCCUCCAAAACUGAAUGAGCGAGCGGCGCUCGGAGAGCGCGGCAGCAUGGAGCGCAGUUGCUGGGCCGCGCGGACUUUCCUCCUGGCGCUGUUGCUGGGGGCGACGCUGAGGGUGCGCGCGGCAGUGGGCUAUUACCCCCGCUUCUCGCCCUUCUUUUUCCUGUGCACCCACCACGGGGAGCUGGAAGGGGAUGGGGAGCAAGGCGAGGUGCUCAUUUCCCUGCACAUUUCGGGCAACCCCACCUACUACGUACCGGGACAAGAAUAUCAUGUGACUAUUUCAACAAGCACCUUUUUUGAUGGCUUGCUGGUGACAGGAUUAUACACAUCUACAAGUGUUCAGGCUUCACAGAGCAUUGGAGGUUCCAAUGCUUUUGGAUUUGGGAUCAUGUCUGACCACCAGUUUGGUAACCAGUUUAUGUGCAGCGUGGUGGCUUCUCACGUGAGUCAUCUGCCCACAACCAACCUCAGCUUCGUCUGGAUUGCUCCACCUGCUGGCACAGGCUGUGUAAAUUUCAUGGCUACAGCAACACACAGGGGCCAGAUUAUUUUCAAAGAUGCUCUAGCCCAGCAGUUGUGUGAACAAGGAGCUCCCACAGAGGCCACUAUGCACCUACAUCUAGCUGAAAUACAUAGUGACAGUAUCAUACUACGAGAUGACUUUGAUUCCUACCACCAACUUGAAUUGAAUCCAAAUAUAUGGAUUGAAUGUAGCAACUGUGAGACUGGAGAACAGUGUGGCGCAAUCAUGCAUGGCAAUGCUGUCACCUUCUGUGAGCCAUAUGGUCCAAGAGAAUUGAUCACCACAGGCCUUAAUACAACAACAGCCUCUGUACUCCAAUUUUCCAUUGGUUCAGGUUCAUGUCGCUUUAGUUAUUCAGACCCCAACAUCGUCGUAUCAUAUGCCAAGAAUAAUACUGCAGACUGGAUUCAACUUGAGACAAUUAGAGCCCCUUCCAACAUCAGCACAAUCAUCCACAUCCUCUACCUUCCUGAAGACGCCAAAGGGGAGAACAUCCAGUUUCAGUGGAAGCAGGAAAAUCUUCGUGUAGGUGAAGUGUAUGAAGCCUGCUGGGCCUUAGAUAACAUCCUGAUCAUCAACUCAGCUCACAGACAAGUCAUUUUAGAAGAUAGUCUUGAUCCAGUAGACACAGGCAACUGGCUUUUCUUCCCAGGAGCUACAGUUAAGCAUAGCUGUCAGUCAGAUGGGAACUCCAUUUAUUUCCAUGGAAAUGAAGGCAGUGAGUUUAAUUUUGCCACCACCCGGGAUGUAGAUCUUUCUACAGAGGAUAUUCAAGAGCAAUGGUCAGAAGAAUUUGAGAGCCAGCCUGCAGGAUGGGACAUCUUGGGAGCUGUCAUUGGUACAGAAUGUGGAACAAUAGAAUCGGGUUUAUCAAUGGUCUUCCUCAAAGAUGGAGAGAGGAAAUUAUGUACUCCAUACAUGGACACUACUGGUUACGGGAACCUGAGGUUUUACUUUGUUAUGGGAGGAAUUUGUGACCCUGGAGAUUCUCAUGAAAAUGAUAUCAUCCUCUAUGCAAAGACUGAAGGAAGAAAAGAACACAUUACACUGGAUACCCUUUCCUAUUCCUCAUAUAAGGUUCCAUCUUUGGUUUCUACAGUCAUCAACCCUGAACUUCAGACUCCUGCUACCAAAUUUUGUCUCAAGCAAAAGAACCAUAAAGGACAUAAUAUGAAUGUCUGGGCUGUAGAUUUUUUCCACGUCUUGCCUGUUCUCCCUUCUACAAUGUCACACAUGAUACAGUUUUCAAUUAAUCUGGGAUGUGGAACACAUCAACCUGGUAACAGUGUCAGCUUAGAGUUUUCUACCAACCAUGGGCGUUCCUGGUCCCUCCUCCACACUGAGUGUUUACCUGAGAUCUGUGCUGGACCACAUCUCCCCCACAGCACUAUCUACUCCUCUGAAAACUACAGUGGGUGGAACCGAAUAACAAUUCCCCUUCCUAACGCAGCACUAACCCGGGACACCAGAAUUCGCUGGAGACAAACAGGACCCAUCCUCGGAAACAUGUGGGCAAUUGAUAAUGUUUACAUCGGUCCGUCGUGUCUCAAAUUCUGUUCUGGCAGAGGACAGUGCACUCGACAUGGUUGCAAGUGUGACCCUGGAUUUUCCGGUCCAGCUUGUGAGAUGGCAUCCCAGACAUUCCCAAUGUUUAUUUCUGAAAGCUUUGGCAGUUCCAGGCUCUCCUCUUAUCAUAACUUUUACUCUAUCCGUGGUGCUGAAGUCAGCUUUGGCUGUGGUGUCUUGGCCAGUGGUAAGGCCCUGGUUUUCAACAAAGAUGGGAGGCGUCAGCUAAUUACGUCCUUCCUUGACAGCUCACAAUCCAGGUUCCUCCAGUUCACACUGAGGCUGGGGAGCAAGUCUGUUUUGAGCACAUGCAGAGCCCCUGACCAGCCUGGAGAAGGAGUUUUAUUGCAUUAUUCUUAUGAUAAUGGAAUAACUUGGAAACUCUUGGAGCACUAUUCAUAUCUCAACUAUCAUGAGCCCAGAAUAAUCUCUGUAGAAUUACCAGAUGAUGCAAGACAGUUUGGAAUUCAGUUCAGAUGGUGGCAACCAUACCAUUCUUCCCAGGGAGAAGAUGUAUGGGCUAUUGAUGAGAUCAUCAUGACAUCUGUCCUUUUCAACAGCAUUAGUCUUGACUUUACCAAUCUUGUGGAGGUCACUCAGUCUCUGGGAUUCUACCUUGGCAAUGUUCAGCCAUACUGUAGCCAUGACUGGACCCUGUGUUUUACAGGAGAUUCUAAACUUGCCUCAAGUAUGCGCUAUGUGGAAACCCAAUCAAUGCAGAUAGGAGCAUCCUAUAUGAUUCAGUUCAGCUUGGUGAUGGGAUGUGGCCAGAAAUACACUCCACACAUGGACAACCAGGUGAAACUGGAGUAUUCAACAAACCAUGGCCUUACCUGGCACCUUGUUCAAGAAGAAUGCCUUCCAAGUAUGCCAAGUUGUCAGGAAUUUACAUCGUCAAGUAUCUACCAUGCCAGCGAGUUCACACAGUGGAGAAGGGUCAUAGUGCUUCUUCCCCAGAAAACUUGGUCCAGUGCCACCCGCUUCCGUUGGAGUCAGAGCUAUUACACAGCCCAAGACGAGUGGGCGUUAGACAGCAUCUACAUCGGCCAGCAGUGCCCAAACAUGUGCAAUGGUCACGGCUCCUGUGACCAUGGCAUGUGCAGGUGCGACCAGGGGUAUCAAGGCACCGAAUGCCACCCAGAAGCUGCUCUUCCUUCUACAAUUAUGUCCGAUUUUGAGAACCAGAAUGGAUGGGAGUCUGACUGGCAAGAAGUUAUCGGGGGAGAAGUUGUAAAACCAGAACAAGGAUGUGGCGUCGUGUCUUCUGGAUCAUCUCUUUAUUUCAGCAAGGCUGGAAAAAGACAGCUGGUGAGCUGGGAUCUGGACACUUCUUGGGUGGACUUUGUCCAGUUCUACAUCCAAAUAGGCGGAGAGAGUGCUGCAUGCAACAAGCCUGACAGCAGAGAGGAGGGCAUCCUCCUUCAGUACAGCAACAAUGGGGGCAUCCAGUGGCACCUGCUGGCAGAGAUGUACUUCUCAGACUUCAGCAAACCCAGAUUUGUCUAUCUGGAGCUUCCAGCUGCUGCCAAGACCCCUUGCACCAGGUUCCGCUGGUGGCAGCCUGUGUUCUCUGGGGAGGACUAUGACCAGUGGGCUGUCGAUGACAUCAUCAUUCUGUCAGAAAAGCAAAAACAGAUCAUCCCAGUUGUCAACCCAACUUUACCCCAGAACUUUUAUGAGAAGCCAGUUUUUGAUUACCCUAUGAAUCAGAUGAGUGUGUGGUUGAUGUUGGCUAAUGAAGGAAUGGUUAAAAAUGAAACUUUCUGCUCUGCCACGCCAUCAGCCAUGGUAUUUGGAAAAUCAGAUGGGGAUCGAUUUGCAGUAACUCGAGAUUUGACUCUGAAACCUGGAUAUGUGCUACAGUUCAAGCUAAACAUAGGGUGUGCCAAUCAGUUCAGCAGUGCUGCCCCAGUUCUUCUUCAGUACUCUCAUGAUGCUGGUAUGUCCUGGUUUCUGGUGAAAGAAGGCUGUUACCCAGCUUCUGCAGGCAAAGGAUGUGAAGGAAACUCCCGAGAACUGAGUGAGCCCACCGUGUAUCACACUGGAGAAUUUGAAGAAUGGACAAGAAUCACCAUUGUUAUUCCAAAGUCCCUUGCAUCCAGCAGUAAGAUCAGAUUCCGAUGGAUCCAGGAGAGCAGCUCCCAGAAGAAUGUGCCUCCCUUUGGUUUGGAUGGAGUGUACAUAUCUGAGCCUUGUCCCAGUUAUUGCAGUGGCCAUGGCGACUGUGUUUCAGGGGUGUGUUUCUGUGACCUGGGAUACACCGCCGCACAAGGAACCUGUGUGUCUAAUGUGCCUAAUCACAGUGAGAUGUUCGAUAGGUUUGAGGGGAAACUCAGCCCUCUAUGGUACAAGAUAACAGGAGGCCAGGUUGGAACCGGCUGUGGAACACUUAACGAUGGCAAAUCUCUCUACUUCAAUGGCCCGGGGAAAAGGGAAGCGCGGACCAUCCCUCUGGACACCAGGAAUAUCAGACUCGUUCAAUUUUAUAUACAAAUUGGGAGCAAAACUUCAGGAAUUACCUGCAUCAAACCAAGAGCUAGAAAUGAAGGGCUUAUUGUUCAGUAUUCAAACGACAAUGGAAUAGUCUGGCAUUUGCUUCGAGAGUUGGACUUCAUGUCCUUUCUGGAACCACAGAUCAUUUCCAUUGACCUGCCACGGGAGGCUAAGACACCUGCAACAGCUUUUCGAUGGUGGCAACCCCAACAUGGGAAGCAUUCAGCCCAGUGGGCCUUGGAUGAUGUCCUUAUAGGAAUGAAUGACAGCUCUCAAACUGGGUUUCAAGACAACUUUGAUGGCUCUGUAGAUUUGCAAGCCAACUGGUAUCGAAUCCAAGGAGGUCAAGUUGACAUUGACUGUCUCUCUAUGGAUACUGCUCUGAUAUUCACUGAAGACAUGGGAAAACCUCGUUAUGCUGAGACCUGGGACUUUCACGUGUCAGCAUCGACCUUCUUACAGUUUGAAAUGAGCAUGGGCUGUAGCAAGCCCUUCAGCAACUCCCACAGCGUACAGCUCCAAUAUUCUCUGAACAAUGGCAGGGACUGGCAUCUUGUCACCGAAGAGUGUGUUCCUCCAACCAUUGGCUGUCUGCACUACACAGAAAGUUCAGUUUACACCUCGGAAAGAUUCCAGAAUUGGAAGCGGAUAACUGUCUACCUCCCACCCUCUACCAUAUCUCCCAGGACCCGGUUCAGAUGGAUUCAGGCCAACUACACUGUGGGAGCCGACACCUGGGCUAUGGAUAAUGUUGUGCUGGCCUCAGGGUGCCCUUGGAUGUGUUCAGGACGAGGAAUUUGUGAUGCUGGACGCUGUGUGUGUGACCGGGGCUUUGGUGGAGCCUACUGUGUUCCUGUCAUUCCUCUGCCCUCAAUUCUUAAAGAUGAUUUCAAUGGGAACCUACACCCUGACCUUUGGCCCGAAGUAUACGGUGCAGAGCGGGGGAAUCUGAAUGGUGAAACCAUCAAAUCUGGAACAGCUCUCAUUUUUAAAGGGGAAGGACUAAGGAUGCUUAUUUCAAGAGAUCUAGACUGUACCAAUACCAUGUAUGUCCAGUUUUCACUUAGAUUUAUAGCAAAAGGUACUCCAGAGAGGUCGCACUCUAUUCUACUACAAUUCUCCAUCAAUGGGGGGAUCACUUGGCACCUGAUGGAUGAAUUUUAUUUCCCUCAAAUGACCAACAUACUCUUCAUUAAUGUUCCUUUGCCAUAUACUGCCCAAACCAACGCUACAAGAUUCAGACUCUGGCAACCAUAUAAUAAUGGUAAGAAAGAAGAAAUAUGGAUCAUUGAUGACUUCAGUAUUGAUGGGAAUAAUUUAAACAACCCUGUGAUGCUUCUGGAUACAUUUGACUUUGGGCCCAGAGAAGACAAUUGGUUUUUCUAUCCUGGUGGUAACAUUGGUCUCUAUUGCCCAUAUUCUUCAAAGGGAGCACCCGAGGAAGAUUCAGCCAUGGUGUUUGUUUCAAAUGAAGUUGGUGAGCAUUCCAUUACCACUCGAGACCUCAGUGUGAAUGAGAACACCAUCAUACAGUUUGAGAUCAAUGUUGGGUGCUCAACUGAUAGCUCAUCUGCUGAUCCAGUAAGACUGGAAUUUUCAAGGGACUUUGGGGCAACCUGGCACCUGCUGCUCCCUCUCUGCUACCACAGCAGCAGCCACAUCAGCUCCUUGUGCUCCACUGAGCACCACCCAAGCAGCACCUACUAUGCGGGGACCACCCAGGGCUGGAGGAGAGAGGUUGUGCACUUCGGGAAACUGCACCUUUGUGGAUCUGUGCGUUUCAGAUGGUACCAAGGAUUUUACCCUGCUGGCUCUCAGCCAGUGACAUGGGCCAUUGAUAAUGUCUACAUUGGACCCCAGUGUGAAGAGAUGUGUAAUGGACAUGGGAGUUGUAUCAAUGGAACCAAGUGCAUAUGUGAUCCUGGCUACUCAGGCCCAACCUGUAAAAUAAGCACCAAAAAUCCUGAUUUUCUCAAGGAUGACUUUGAAGGUCAGCUAGAAUCGGAUAGAUUCUUAUUAAUGAGUGGUGGAAAGCCAUCUCGGAAGUGUGGAAUCCUUUCCAGUGGAAACAACCUCUUUUUCAAUGAAGAGGGAUUGCGAAUGUUGGUGACACGAGACCUGGAUUUAUCACACGCUAGAUUUGUGCAGUUCUUCAUGAGACUGGGAUGUGGUAAAGGUGUUCCAGAUCCCAGGAGCCAACCUGUGCUUCUGCAAUAUUCUCUCAAUGGCGGCCUCUCAUGGAGUCUACUGCAAGAGUUCCUUUUCAGCAACUCCAGCAACGUGGGCAGGUACAUCGCCCUGGAGAUACCCAUGAAAGCCCGCUCUGCUUCCACUCGCCUUCGCUGGUGGCAGCCAUCUGAAAAUGGACACUUCUACAGUCCCUGGGUCAUCGACCAGAUUCUUAUUGGAGGAAAUAUUUCUGGUAAUACGGUCUUGGAGGAUGAUUUCACAACUCUGGAUAGUAGGAAAUGGCUACUUCACCCUGGAGGCACCAAGAUGCCUGUGUGUGGCUCUACCGGUGAUGCCCUGGUCUUCAUCGAAAAGGCCAGCACCCGUUAUGUAGUCACCACAGACAUUGCUGUGAAUGAGGACUCAUUUCUGCAGAUAGAUUUUGCUGCCUCCUGCUCAGUCACAGACUCUUGUUAUGCUAUUGAAUUAGAAUACUCAGUAGAUCUUGGAUUAUCAUGGCAUCCAUUGGUAAGGGAUUGCUUGCCUACCAAUGUCGAAUGCAGUCGCUAUCACCUGCAGCGGGUCCUGGUGUCAGACACUUUCAACAAGUGGACUAGAAUCACUCUGCCUCUCCCUCCUCACAUCAGGUCCCAAGCCACUCGUUUCCGUUGGCAUCAACCAGCUCCUUUUGACAAGCAGCAGACAUGGGCAAUAGAUAAUGUCUAUAUCGGGGAUGGCUGUGUAGACAUGUGCAGUGGCCAUGGAAGGUGCAUGCAGGGGAACUGUGUCUGUGAUGAGCAGUGGGGUGGCCUGUACUGUGAUGAGCCUGAGACCUCCCUUCCAACUCAGCUCAAAGACAACUUCAAUCGUGCUCCAUCCAGCCAGAACUGGCUUACUGUGAAUGGAGGAAAAUUAAGUACUGUGUGUGGAGCUGUGGCUUCAGGAAUGGCUCUCCAUUUCAGCGGGGGUUGCAGUCGACUGUUAGUCACCGUGGAUCUAAACCUGACUAAUGCUGAGUUUAUCCAAUUUUACUUCAUGUAUGGAUGCCUGAUUACACCGAACAACCGUAACCAGGGUGUUCUCUUAGAAUAUUCUGUCAACGGAGGCAUAACCUGGAACCUGCUAAUGGAAAUUUUCUAUGACCAGUAUAGUAAACCUGGAUUUGUGAAUAUCCUUCUCCCCACUGAUGCUAAAGAGAUUGCUACUCGCUUCCGCUGGUGGCAGCCGAGACAUGACGGCCCCGAUCAGAAUGACUGGGCCAUCGACAAUGUCCUCAUCUCAGGCUCUGCCGACCAGAGGACAGUCAUGCUGGACACGUUCAGCAGUGCCCCCGUGCCCCAGCAUGAGCGUUCCCCUGCAGAUGCCGGCCCUGUUGGGAGAAUCGCCUUUGACAUGUUUAUGGAGGACAAAACUGCAGUGAAUGAGCAUUGGCUCUUCCAUGAUGAUUGUACAGUGGAAAGAUUCUGUGACUCCCCAGAUGGUGUCAUGCUCUGCGGCAGUCAUGAUGGGAGAGAAGUGUAUGCAGUGACUCACGACUUGACUCCCACUGAAGGCUGGAUCAUGCAAUUCAAGAUCUCUGUUGGAUGUAAAGUGUCUGAAAAAGUUGCCCAGAAUCAAAUUCAUGUACAGUAUUCUACUGACUUUGGUGUGAGCUGGAAUUAUCUGGUCCCUCAGUGCUUACCUGCGGACCCAAAAUGUUCUGGGAGUGUUUCUCAGCCAUCUGUAUUCUUUCCAACUAAAGGAUGGAAAAGGAUCACCUACCCACUCCCUGAAAGCUUAGUGGGAAAUCCAGUAAGGUUUAGAUUCUAUCAAAAGUACUCAGACAUGCAAUGGGCAAUCGAUAAUUUCUACCUGGGCCCUGGAUGCUUGGACAACUGCAGAGGCCAUGGAGAUUGCUUAAAGGAACAGUGCAUCUGUGAUCCGGGAUACUUUGGGCCCAACUGCUACCUGACUCACACUCUGAAGACUUUUCUGAAGGAACGCUUUGACAGUGAAGAGAUCAAGCCUGAUUUAUGGAUGUCCUUAGAAGGUGGGAGCACUUGUACUGAGUGUGGAAUUCUUGCCGAGGACACUGCACUCUAUUUUGGGGGAUCCACUGUGAGACAAGCUAUUACUCAAGAUUUGGAUCUCAGAGGGGCAAAAUUCCUGCAAUACUGGGGCCGCAUCGGCAGUGAGAACAACAUGACCUCCUGCCAUCGGCCUGUCUGCCGGAAGGAAGGCGUGCUGUUGGACUACUCUACCGAUGGAGGAAUUACUUGGACUUUGCUCCAUGAGAUGGAUUAUCAGAAGUACAUUUCUGUUAGACACGACUACAUACUUCUUCCCGAGGAUGCCCUCACCAACACAACUCGACUUCGCUGGUGGCAGCCCUUUGUGAUCAGCAACGGACUGGUGGUCUCUGGGGUGGAGCGUGCUCAGUGGGCACUAGACAACAUUUUGAUUGGCGGAGCAGAAAUCAAUCCCAGUCAGCUGGUCGACACUUUUGAUGAUGAAGGCACUUCCCAUGAAGAAAACUGGAGUUUUUACCCUAAUGCAGUAAGGACAGCAGGAUUCUGUGGCAAUCCAUCCUUUCACCUCUACUGGCCAAAUAAAAAGAAAGACAAGACCCACAAUGUGCUCUCCUCCAGAGAACUCAUUAUACAGCCAGGGUAUAUGAUGCAGUUUAAGAUUGUAGUGGGUUGUGAAGCCACAUCUUGUGGUGACCUUCAUUCCGUGAUGCUGGAGUACACUAAGGAUGCAAGGUCGGAUUCCUGGCAGCUUGUUCAGAGCCAAUGCCUUCCGUCCUCUUCAAACAGCAUUGGCUGUUCCCCCUUCCAGUUCCAUGAAGCGACCAUCUACAAUGCUGUCAACAGCUCAAGCUGGAAGAGAAUCACCAUUCAGCUGCCUGAUCAUGUCUCCUCCAGUGCAACACAGUUCCGCUGGAUCCAGAAGGGGGAAGAAGCUGAGAAGCAAAGCUGGGCGAUUGACCACGUGUACAUCGGAGAGGCCUGCCCCAAGCUCUGCAGCGGGCACGGAUACUGCACCACUGGCGCCAUCUGCAUCUGCGAUGAGAGUUUCCAAGGUGAUGAUUGCUCUGUUUUCAGUCACGACCUUCCCAGUUACAUUAAGGAUAAUUUUGAGUCAGCAAGAGUCACUGAGGCAAACUGGGAGACCAUCCAAGGUGGAGUGAUAGGAAGUGGUUGUGGGCAGCUGGCACCCUACGCACAUGGAGACUCGCUCUAUUUCAAUGGCUGUCAGAUAAGGCAGGCUGCCACCAAACCUCUGGAUCUCACUCGUGCAAGCAAAAUCAUGUUUGUUUUGCAAAUUGGGAGCACUUCGCAGACAGACAGCUGCAACAGUGACCUGAGCGGCCCACACGCGGUGGACAAGGCCGUGCUGCUGCAGUACAGCGUCAACAACGGGAUCACCUGGCAUGUUAUCGCGCAGCACCAGCCCAAGGACUUCAUGCAGGCUCAGAGAGUGUCUUACAACAUCCCCCUGGAGGCACGGAUGAAAGGAGUUUUAUUGCGCUGGUGGCAGCCACGCCACAAUGGAACAGGUCAUGAUCAGUGGGCUUUGGACCACGUGGAGGUCGUCCUCACCCGCAAACAAAAUUACAUGAUGAAUUUUUCACGACAACAUGGGCUCAGGCACUUCUACAACAGAAGACGAAGGUCACUUAGACGAUACCCAUGAAGAAUCAAAAUGUUUAUUUUUCCUUUCAACAUGUGAUGUGUUGCUUUUCAUUCUUUUAAAUCUCUCACUGCAUCUCAUAUCAGGAAAUUUCUGUGGAGGACUUAGUGAUUCACUGAAAGCCCUUCUCACGACCGAGUGUACACACUUCCCCACACUGUGAACUAAUGAUAAGUGACUUAUUUUCUCAAAAGUAAAUGUCUUCAUGUUGAUGUGUCCGUGAAAAUUGUGAUCUGUUGUAAUAUCAGUUACAGUGGCAGUAUUGAAAAUAAGAAAUAGUUUAACAGAAAAAAGUUCAAGCACAAAAUUUAAGAGAUUUUAUGUUUAAAAAUGACAUUUAGUACAGUAUUUAACAUUUGUGGUCACAAAGCUAUUUUAAGUGGACUGUAUUUCAGCUAUGUAUCAUGUUUUAUAUGAUUAAAUUAUCAAUGUCUUUUUAUGUAUUCUCUUCUACAGUAUAACACAUGGACACUGUAUUUACUUGUUAUGUUGCAAUAUUUGCUGCUGAAUUUCGGGCUACUUAUAUUCUACAGAAAAUUCAUUGAAAUACCUACUCAAGAAGAUAGUUGUAAAGAUAUUGUAUCUCCUUUAAUAUACUCCUUACAAUGUAUGUUGGUUUAGCGUUGUUUUGUGGAUAAGAAAAAUGCUUGACCUUGAAAUAUUUUCUACUUAAAAAUUGUGGAUGAAAAUCCUGUCUCCGACAAAGGAGUUCCCAUUUCCUUGUCUGAAGAUUUUUUUUAAGUGUUCUGUGGCUGAUUCACUAACAGUAACUGCCAUCCUGUGUCUGUGGUAACAGAGUGAUUUGUAAAACAGUGGAUGUUUUCAUUGUGUUCUCUUUGUGGACUGUUUUUCCUACAGGUCAUAUUCAUACUUUCUGAUUGAAGUUGUACCAACACCAGCAACAUUAUUAUGGACCUGUAGCCCUGAACUCUUUACUAACUUAACUAAAAGGUUGCACUCUAGGGUGAACCAAGCUAAAGCCCAUGCUUAAAUAAAAAUUAU